GAAAACCAGAGGAUUUCUGAUAUGCGGAUGUAAACAAUAUAUCUGUUGGCUAUUGUAUAGUAUAACACUCUAAAUAUAAGGGCAAAAAUGGGUAAUUACAAAAGUAAAGGUGCCUAUAGUCAGAGAAAUGACUUGCAAGCUGUACAUACACGAUAAAGGAGCACAAACUAGCUGUUGUUUUCCAACGGCUACCAAUCAUAAUGGCAUAAAAUGAAACAUUUUUGUCAUGGUGCAACGUUUGUAUCCAAACUGUAAGCUGAUUGUACAUUAAAUCAGUCAGUAACAGAGCCGAGGUGUUUAGCGCAUGCGCAUUCCAGCUCCAUCAUUGUGUCCACAGGAGCAGCAGCAGCACUAGAGAGACAUACCUCGUUUACCUUUAAUAACCCCACCCGUGUCACUUCACACAGAAGCCACCUCUACAUUCGGCAGAGGAGGACCCCUGAAUUUAUGAAGCAAUGCUCUGCCGGAUCCUCUCUCUCCUGCUCUAGUUACCACAACUCCUGCUGCUCCACCGUGACUGAGAGCGCUUCUGCUGCUGCUGCUAGUGGUUUGGCUGCCUUCUAAAGGGACAAAAAGGAGAAUUCGCAGUCCUCAUCAGCUGUUGUCUAGUCACAUAUGGUGCAUCGUUUGCAUUCCCGAGUCGACAUCCCUACCGCUCAGCUUCUUGCCAGCCUGUGCCACUCUUAGGGUUCAUCCACACAGGAUAUUAAUAGGCGUGUGCUCUUAUUUUCCCUGGAUUGCGUACACUAAAAGCCAUUUUUUUUUUAGUUUUCUCCUCUCCACUGCCACACGGGUGGUGGCAGGACAUCAUAGGCCAUGGAGCCCAAUAUGGAGUACUGUCUGACCCAGGUGCUACAGAAGGAUGUGGCCCGCAGGUUGCAGAUGGGUUCGGAGCUCAUCGACUACAUCACAGAUGCAGACAAGUGUCACGACCUGGAGAGUGACCAGACUGCGUUGGAUAAAAUGGUGGACGGUAUCGCCACCUCUUGGGUUAACUCCAGCAACUUCAAGUUAGCUUUGAUGGGAAUGGACCUGCUAUCAGCCUUAGUGACGAGAUUACAGGACCGAUUUCGGCCCCAAGUUGGUACAGUUUUACCCAGCUUGAUAGAUCGGUUAGGCGAUGCCAAAGAUCAAGUCAGAGACCAAGAUCAAACCCUGCUGCUGAAGAUCAUGGAGCAGUCAGCUUCUCCUCAGUAUAUAUGGGACCGAAUGUUGGGGGGAUUCAAACACAAAAACAACCGGACCAGAGAGGGAGUCUGUCUCUGUCUCAUCUCAACUCUGAACACAUACGGUGCCCAAGGCUUAACCCUGAGCAAAAUUGUACCACAUAUAUGUAAUCUACUCGGAGACCCCACAAGUCAGGUUCGGGAUGCGGCUAUGAACUGCCUUGUGGAAAUAUACAGACAUGUUGGAGAGAAGGUUAGAAUUGACCUUAGCAAAAAAGGACUGCCGCAAUCAAGGUUGAAUGUAAUUUUCAGCAAGUUUGAUGAAGUCCAAAGAUCUGGGAACAUGAUCCUCUCCUCAGGUUCAGAUAAGAACUUUGAUGACGAGGAAUCUGUGGAUGGGGGCAGGUCCUCCUCCUCUUCCUCUUCUAAGGGCUUGUCCAACAGCAGGAGAGGGGGCAGCAUGGGUUCAAUGAGACGACCCAGUUCUGCCUCUGGAUCCAGGGCUCCAGGGAAGGACAGUGUCAGUGCAGGAGCUGUGGAUGAAGAGGAUUUUAUCAAGGCUUUUGAAGAUGUACCUGCAGUGCAGAUAUAUUCCAGUAAGGAGUUGGAGGACUCCUUGAAUAAGAUCCGUGAAAUUCUUUCAGAUGACAAGCAAGACUGGGAACACCGUGUCACUGCUCUGAAGAAAGUGCGGUCGCUGCUUCUGGCUGGUGCGACUGAACACGAGGGUUUCCUUCAACAUCUCCGGCUUUUAGAAGGUGCCUUCAAGUUAUCCGCUAAAGAUCUCCGGUCCCAAGUGGUUCGAGAAGCCUGUAUCACAUUAGGGCAUCUGUCUUCACUGCUGGGGAAUAAAUUUGAUCACGGGGCUGAAAGCAUCAUGCCUACAUUGCUCAACUUGGUGCCCAACAGCGCCAAAAUUAUUGCCACAUCCGGAGUGGCAGCCAUCCGACUCAUCUUGCGACAAACACACUUCCCACGUCUUAUCCCGAUCAUCACCAGCAAUUGCACUUCUAAAUCUGUGGCUGUUCGAAGACGGUGUUAUGAGUUUUUAGACCUGUUAUUGCAAGAAUGGCAGACACACACUCUAGAGAGGCAUGUGGCCGUGUUAACUGAAACCAUCAAGAAGGGGAUCCAUGACGCCGACUCAGAGGCCAGAUCUGUGGCCAGAAAGUGUUACUGGGGAUUCCAUGGCCAUUACAGUCGAGAGGCAGAGCACCUGUUUCUCGCAUUGGAGUCGUCCUAUCAGAAGGCCCUCCAAUCUCACCUCAAGAGUUCUGACAGUGUAGUGUCCCUACCGCAGUCCGACCGCUCCUCCUCAAGCUCACAGGAGAGCCUCAAUCGUCCGCUGUCAGUGAAGACUGUCAUUGGAGGCCCUGUUACAAGAAGUAAAGUGAUCAGCUCUAGGGUGUCCUCAACCCCUGGUGCCCUCCAGCGAUCCCGCAGCGACAUAGACGUGAAUGCCGCCUCCAGUGCCAAGUCUCGCAUGUCCACUGCAACCUCCCCAUCUCCCUUCAGCUCUGCUGCAGCUCUGCCUCCAGGCUCCUACGCCUCCCUGGACGGUGCACCUGGUAAAAUAGAUGGUCGCGUGCGGACGAGAAGGCAGAGCUCAGGGAGUGCGGUCAGCGCCAACAGCACUGUUACAGACAGCCGUGGUCGAAGCAGAGCUAAAGUGGUCUCUCAGUCCCAACGAUCCAGAUCAGCUAACCCCACUAGUGCCGGCAGCCGGUCCAGCUCUCCAGGAAAGCUCUUGGGACACGCAUAUGGCAGAAUUCCUAGAGCCACUGCACCAGCAACACCCUCAGACAAAUACUCGAGGAUCCCAAGAAGCCAGGGAUGCAGCCGUGAAACCAGCCCCAGCAGAUUGGGCAUAGCCAGGCUGUGUGGUAAAGCUCUUCUUCCUGCCACUUCUUCCUAUCGCACGCUAGCCCGGAGCAGUCGCAUCCCCCGCCCCAGCAUGAGUCAGGGGUGCAGCCGUGACACCAGUCGCGAGAGCAGCCGUGAUACAAGCCCCGCUCGGGGCUUCACUCCUCUUGCUUCCCGACGUCACUCUCGCUCCACCAGUGCGCUGUCCACGGCCGAACCCGUGGGCCAGUCAGAUCGCUUUGGCCUGAUCCAUCAGGCUCGUAUUUCUGCAUCUGUCAAUGCUAUGAGGGUGCUCAACACUGGCACAGAAGUGGAGGCUGCUGUGGCUGAUGCUUUGCUGUUAGGAGACUCCAGGAAUAAGCGCAAGCCUUUGAGAAGGAGGUACGAGUCUGAUGAUGAUGCCAACAGCGACGCAUCCAGCGCCUGCUCAGAGCGUUCCUAUAGUUCCCGUAAUGGAGGCAUUCCUCACUACCUGCGUCAGACAGAGGACGUUGCUGAGGUGCUAAACCACUGCGCCAGUUCCAACUGGUCCGAGAGGAAGGAGGGCCUGCUGGGUUUGCAAAACCUGCUAAAGAGUCAGCGCAUUCUCAGCCGUGUUGAGCUCAAGAGGCUGUGUGAGAUCUUCACCAGGAUGUUUGCAGAUCCUCACAGCAAGAGAGUGUUUAGCAUGUUCCUGGAGACUCUAGUGGAUUUCAUCACUGUGCACAGAGAGGAUCUCCAAGACUGGCUCUUUGUACUGCUCACUCAGCUGCUAAAGAAAAUGGGAGCUGACCUCUUAGGCUCAGUCCAAGCUAAAGUCCAAAAGGCUCUGGAUGUCACAAGGGAGUCUUUCCCCUUUGACCAACAGUUUAACAUCCUAAUGAGAUUCAUUGUUGAUCAGACUCAAACCCCCAAUCUAAAGGUGAAGGUGGCCAUCCUGAAAUACAUUGAGUCCCUAGCACGACAGAUGGACCCUGCAGACUUUGUGAACUCAAGUGAAACAAGAUUAGCCGUGUCUCGCAUUAUCACCUGGACCACUGAACCCAAGAGCUCUGACGUUAGAAAAACCCUUCAUAACUGGGCAUGUGAGGAGUUGUCAGGCAGGCCCACCACUACAGCUCUACUUCCUGGAGAGGGUCACCUGGAAGAGAGGUGCAAGCAGGCUGCCCAGGUGGUGCUGAUCUCACUCUUUGAGCUAAACACUCCGGAGUUCACCAUGCUGCUGGGUGCUCUGCCUAAAACAUUCCAGGAUGGAGCCACCAAGCUCCUGCAUAGCCAUCUGAAGAACUCAAGCAACACCAGCAGUGUGAGUUCACCAAGCAAUACAAUGGGCCGCACGCCUGCCCGGCACCCCACCAGCAGGACCAGUCCUCUAACCUCACCCACAAAUUGCUCCCACGGGGGUCUGUCACCCAGUCGGUUAUGGGGUUGGAGUGUCGAUGGGCUCUUAAAGCACCCUUCUCCCUCUCCUCCUCCUCCUACUCCUCCGUCUCACCCCUCUAUUCCUGCCGGCCCCUCCCUCAGGGCCUUCCGCUGCACGCUCUCUCCAAGUAUGCUGGAGUAUGACACAGAGAACAUGAAUUCUGAUGAGAUCUUCAGCUCGCUGCGCGGUGUCACAGAAGCCAUCCAGAGCUUCAGUUACCGCAGCCAAGAGGACCUGAAUGAGCCAAUCAGACGCGAUGGGAAGAAGGAUGAUGCUGCUGGGAAGGAAGGGGCAUCUCCGGGAUCUGAUGCAAGACUGGGAUUAGAUGUAAUGGAAGGGGGUCGAACCGCUUUGGAUAACAAGACAUCUUUGCUUAACACACCGUCCCCGCGGUCUUUCGCUGUGCCGCGGUCAAGAGAGUUCGCACCCUAUGGCUAUGGAGACACGAUCACAGCCUAUGACAAAAGCGCCCUGAAGGAGGCCGUUUUUGAUGACGACGUGGAGCAGUUCCGAGACUGCCGUCGACAAGACAGUGGUGAGAACAAGAUGGUGCUGCCCAAGGGCUUUACUUCUGAUCUGGUGGCAGACUUACUGAAGGAGUUGUCUAAUCACAAUGAACGAGUGGAGGAGAGGAAGGGGGCUUUGAUCGAGCUGUUGAAGAUUGCUCGUGAGGACAGCCUGGCUGUGUGGGACGAACACUUUAAAACAAUCCUAUUGCUUCUAUUGGAGACACUCGGGGACAAGGAUCACACUAUCCGAGCGCUGGCGUUACGGGUUCUGAAGGAGAUUCUGAGGAACCAGCCAGCACGCUUCAAGAACUAUGCUGAACUCACAAUCAUGAAAACACUAGAAGCCCAUAAGGACUCUCAUAAAGAGGUUAGAAUCCGCCGCCUUAAAAUAUUCACAAAUAAUAUCUGUUUUAACCUCCAGAUGAUAUUUAAGCAGUACAAUAUUGUGAUGAUUAUACACCAAAAUCAUACUGCAAAAAGUUGUGAAUAAAGUAUUACAUUGCUG